GCAUUAAAUUAAGUCAAAUUUCUCUUAAGUCAUAUUUUGUAUAUACAGCAUUUUUACAGCUGAAGGUAAAUUUUGUCAUAAUAAAUCUACAAGCUUCAUACAAUUUAGGGGGUUUAAUGUAGUUCCUAACUGAGGAUAAUACAUGACUAAUAUUUUUUUAUAGAAACAAGUUUAAAUCAAAAUAUUACUGCAUGUUCAUCCCCAGGGACGUGCACUGAUAGAAACUUGGUGGUGGUAGAGCACCUGCUCUUUCUCCUCUUAAAAGUGCCCUUUUUAUUUUAAUUUUUUUUUUUUUUUUUUUUUUUUACGGUGUGUAGUGUCAAAGACAGCAUUUCUGGAUUUUGAAACAUAUUACCAGAGCUCCACAUUUUUGUAAUUUAACCUGACAGGACUCUGUCUGCCCCAAAUAUGCAAAUAUCUUGUUAAGCAACCUGACAGAACAAAGGGAACAGGAAGAACAUGUCCCUCUUCUGUCUGAUUUUUACUUCCUUAAAGAUGUGCACAUCAAUUUACGUUUUGCAGCUGUGAGUUUUUUCCAUCAACGUCAUCAUGCAAAACAAAACGCUGCAAAUAAUUUGGCACGAUGCCACACAUAUUUUGUGCCUGAAACCUGAUCGUCUGCUCAGUAAUAGGAGCAGAUCCCCUCCCCCAUGACGUCUUUAAAGUCAUAAUUUUAAAAAAAAUUGCCUAAGCUGGAAAAGGCAGAGACGGCUGUAACUGAUUGUGACAUUUAUGCGGGUGUGUGUGAAGGCUGGAGUCCAGGGUUUUUGUCAACACACACACAUACUCUGUGCUGCAGGCACUGAACAAGCAUCAUGCUUCUCUUUACCCUGCUGAUGGUUUUGCUGCCAAGUCCGUCAUGCACAGCGGCGCAGAGCCGCCAGAAGAGAGACUGGAUCAUCGACUCCUACGAGAUAGAAGAAGGGAACCCGGGGCCCUUCCCUUACGAGUUGAGCCAGGUGGCUGUCGACCGCAAAUAUCAAGUAUUCUUCGACUUGAAAGGCCAAGGAGUGGACCAGGACCCGAAGGGAGUCCUCAGAAUCGAAGAGUCGACGGGCAAGAUUGUUGUCUACAAGCCGGUGGACUUCGAGGAGUACCAAGUGCUAAAGCUAAGUUUUGAAGCCAAGAAGCAGGAGGACCAGUCUAUUGACACUCGACUAGGAAUUGAGAUUACAGUUCGGGACAUCAAUGACAACCCGCCACUCUUCGAUGUCGAUCUGUAUAACGUCACAGUUGAAGAGGCUCUUUAUCAAGGCUCCCAUCUCCUCACCGUAUUUGCCAGUGACAGAGAUAAACCAAAUACCCGCAACUCAACUUUCCACUACGCCAUCAAAUCAGUUUCCCCAGAGUCUUCAAACAUCGAAUUUGUCCUCAAAGAAACUGGAGGGCUGUCGUUUAAAGGCUGUUUUGAUUAUGAGGUGGCCAGAGAGCACAGGUUGGUGAUAGAGGCUAUUGACCAUGGUGAGGUCAUCCAGCUGUCCAGUUCAACCACAGUUGUCAUCAAAGUGGCGGACAGUAAUGACCACCUUCCAGUCAUCAUUGGUCAAACGGGCUCAGGCAAAGUGAAGGAAAACGAGGUCGGAGUCUCUCCUCUGCGCCUCCAUGUGCUGGACAAAGACAAGACGCAUAGCAAAGCCUGGAGAGCCAAAUACACCAUUCAAGGAGACAAGGGAGGAUACUUCAAGAUGGAGACAAACGAAGAGACUAAUGAUGGGAUUUUGACUGUUGUGAAACCAUUAGACUUUGAAGACGGAGCAAUGAAAAACCUGAAGAUAUCGGUCACAAAUGAGGCGCCGUACUUCUCCUGCAAAGUGAAAAGGCAGCUGUCCCGUGGCCCCUGGGAUGUUGAUUUCACUGAUGAGCAAAUCGGUGGCAAGAGGGUUCAGCCUGACACCACAACAGUUGUCAUCGAGGUAGAGGAUGUGAACGACCCCCCAAACUUCGUCGUGACCGUCAAAGAGGCCAACCUGAAGGAGGAUGCGCCAAUCGGAACCUGGGUGGAAAAAGUGACCGCUGUGGAUCGAGAUGCCACUGCUUCAAGCGACUUCAUCUACAAAGUGGGACAUGAUCCAGGAGGCUGGAUGAAUAUUGAUCCCCAAACUGGAAACAUCACUACCAGAAAGAUGGUGGACAGGGAAUCUGACCAUGUUGUCAACGGCGUUUACACCGUAAUACUGCAUGCAGUGGAUAAAGGUGAGCCACCCAUGACAGGCACAGCUACACUGCAGAUCCAUGUUAUUGAUGUGAAUGACAACGUACCAGAACUGAAGGUGAACCAUGUGGUUGUCUGCAUGUCCGACAACAAAAUUUCUACCAACAUCUCAGCCACUGAUCUAGACGCUUCUCCGUAUGGAGGGCCUUUCAAAUUUGAGCUGCUUGGGGACGUCAAAGGACAAUGGAAACUGGAUCCAUUUUACGGUUUCACAGCAGGCCUGGUGAGGCAUUCUAGUGUGGCUGUUGGUCUUUACACUCUUCGAGUGAAGGUGUCAGACCUGCAGGGGACGUAUGGCAUUUACAAGCUGAACGUCAACGUGUGCUCCUGCUUGGAGCACCACUGCCGCAAUCUGAACUUGACGAUUAGCAGCUCUGGUGCUGUAGCCGUUGCACUGCUGCUUGCAAUAACUUUAUUCUUGCUGGCGGUGUUGGCUCUAAUUACCAUCUCCUGCAAACCAGUGUUUAGCCCCAUGCCCUUAGGCGAAACCUAUGAUGUUAAUGGAUACCUAAUGAGUUCAAACGAAGAAGCACCAGGGAGUGAUAUUAAGGGUAGAGGAGACAGCUUCGUCAGUAACAACUCAUGGAGAUACAGUACGAAUAAACACUUGAACAAGGGCUCAGGCAAAGUGAAGGAAAACGAGGUCGGAGUCUCUCCUCUGCGCCUCCAUGUGAUGGACAAAGACAAGACACAUAGCAAAGCCUGGAGAGCCAAAUACACCAUUCAAGGAGACAAGGGAGGACACUUCAAGAUGGAGACAAACGAAGAGACUAAUGAUGGGAUUUUGACUGUUGUGAAAUUAGGGGAAUUUUCACUACAUGAGCAAUCUGAAAACGUGAGGGUUUCAGAUGAAUUUACACAAGACAUUUGGAAAGGUAGAGGACACAGCUUCAGGACAUUUAAACACUUGAACAAGACUGAAGAAUGCAACGCUGCGAGCAGCUACCAGUCUGAUGAAAUACUACUUCUCCUUCAGAGGAGGAUCUCUUCUUUACAGGAACCAAUGGCUGAGCUGCUUGAUUAUGAACCUCAAACCUAUGCAGAGGAGGGGGAACCCUAUAGUCCUGCAGAUCUGGGUUACCUCGACAUUUCUGAGAACUACUCGCUUCAUAAAGUCCUUGAGAAUUUAGGCCCAGAGUUUAAUGACCUGGCCAACUGUAUUAGAAAUCACAACCACCUUCACACAACAUACAGUUGA